AUGCAAACAACUACUUUUGAUCCUAAUUAUACGAUUUUCAAUAAAAGAUUUAUUCCUGAAUUUAUCUCAGAUGAAAAUUCUCUCCCAAUUGACUUGGAACCAUUAGAAGGUGAUCAAUUCUGGCCUAAUCAACGAAAGCCGCCAAAUAUGUUGAACAAACGCAUCUCCAAGAAAUUUAAAUCUCUUAAGAGUAAAGUAUUUCAUAAAAAUCGCAAAGGAAAGAAUAUUACUAUGGACAAAAACACCAAUAUAAUUUCAACUGAUGAAGGUACAACUGAAAUUGAUGACAUUUAUUCAUCCUUUCAAGACAUAGAAGAAUCAAAUUCAUCUAAUACUACCGAAGAUGAAGCUCGCUUCUCAACCAAAAAUGAUUUCUUUACGAGGUGCAAUAUUUCUUGUUAUGGAUUAAGAAUACUUGAACGGAGGAUUUCUCGAUUUUUAAUGAAGAUUUCGUUUUUAUUCAAAUUAAUAAUUGGCGGGAAUUCUAUAAAACACUGUAAUAGGAUGUGA